AAACAAUGGUAAAAAGAGAGUCUAAGUACAAGACCAACAAGAAGGUUGCUAAGAAGCCAGCAAAGGAGGUUAAUAAGUACAUCGCAAAUUACAGCACAUUUAAAAAAGUCCAAGAUGAUGUUGGGUAUAUUGGACGAGAAUCAGAUGAUAUUAAAGUUGUUCAAAAAGUUGAUAACAAUGAUAAAACAACUAAGAUUAAAGUUUACACUGAUAACUCUCACUACGAAGUUAUCGACAAGAAGAGUCAAAGAAAGAAAAAGAAUAGAACAAAGAAAGGAGAAUUAAGUGGUGAAGAAGAAAAAUUACCAAUUUCCAAAGGGACUCAUGAAGGAUAUCAAAAAUAUAAGGCUCAGACUGUACAGGACGAGAAAGAUGAGAAUCCAACUGUUGAUCCAACUUCAGAAGAGUAUGGAUACCAUCAAAAACUAAUUAACAAGGAGAAGAAUAGAAAGAACAAGAAAACCACUUUGAUCGAAGGAAAUCCCAACCAUGUGAUUAACCAAGUUAGCAUGCCAGAUACUUUUGAAUUUUCCAAAAAAGAACUUCACAAGAUGGUUGUGAGAGAUGCAGGCAAGAAGGGGACUCUUAUCAACCCUGAUGGCCCUUUUGAUACAAAAACUUAUGCCCUAAAAGCUCAGAACCGUACAAGGAAGAAGAAAACUCAUAAGAAAAUAAUAGAAGCUGAAACUGGAAAAAGAGAAGAAUAUUUCCAUAGAACCCCCUUCACCCUUUAGGAGACAUACUAAAUUUAAAUAAAUUAAAAGUUUGGUUGGAGAU